AUGGAUUCAAGGUUGAUUUCUUUAGUGAGUUGCUCAUAUAAAUUUGUAAACAAAGUUGUAGUUUCGGCCUUUGUGGAAAGAUGGCAGCCAGAGACAAACACAUUUCAUCUACUAUUUGGUGAGACGCCACCAACCUUAAAUAAUGUUAGUGUAAUUCUAGGGAUUCCAGUGAUUGAUAAAUCUGUGUCUUGCAAGAUGCUAUCAAAUGUUGACGCUGCAAAUCUUCUAGUUGAGGCUUUGGGAGUAACAGUAGAUGAGGCAAAUGUAGCGUUAAAGGUAGCAUGGGGCCAGUCUAUAAAGGUAGAAUGGUUGAGACAAUGGUUUAGACAAGACUGGCACACGUGUUCCAGUAAUGUAUUUGCCUUUUCUUAUGGAUUUGUAAUAAGUUGCUUCUUAUACUUGGGGGCAGCCCCAUUGGCUUUUUUAUACCAGCAAUUGUGUACUGCCACAAGGUAUGCCGUGAAACAGAUGGCGGGAUACAUGACAUUGCUAGAAGCUUGGAUUUACGAGAAUUUUUUUGGUGCUAGACCCCACCCCAAUUUGGACUAUAAAGAAGAUCAGUCUCGUGUCUUUCGUUGGAUUUGUCGCACCCAAUCUGGUUUGUCAAUGUGUAUUUUACAAAGGUUGCAAGAGGAUCUUCACAGAUUAGAGGCCCAUGACGUUAUUUGGGAUCCAUACCAUGAUAAAUGUAUUGAGCAUCCUUUUUCUGAUGUUACUUACUAUAGUGGAUGCAUAAAAUGUAUGCAGAUUGUUGAACUAUACCAUCCGAAUAAGGUGCUGAGACAGUUUGGCAAGGUGAAAACUAUUCCUUCACCUUCGCUUGCUCUAGUUCAAGCCUCUAGAGGAUCCACAUCAAAACAGUACAGCAUUGCCUAUAAAUACUUGGAUACGAUUUGGGAGAGUUGGGAAAAUCACUUGUUGUUUGAGACGACGCAUAGUGUUCUAGUCUUCCAUCCAUGGGAUUGUGUGCCAAGUUACUUGGACUAG